UGUGCAAACUUUUAUUUGUGUCCGUUUUGGAGACGUAGUUUACUUCUUCCUGACUGGGUUUAUUUGGCUAAGAAUUGCCAAGAUGUCCAACAAUACGACAGACUAUGAUGACAAUUCUCUAUCCCUACAACUAAAGAAAGAGAUUACAUAUCUAAAUACAAUCAGAAUGCUAUACAUCACUGGAUAUAUCAUCAUUUGCACCCUUGGUCUGGUUCUCAACCUUUUAGUCAUUAUAGCAGGGAUCUGUAACAACCACAGGUCUGAUACUGCUAAAUGCGUCCUGGCAUUAGCCGUGACUCACUUGAUCUGUUCAUCAUUCCUGCCAUUUCAGAUCCUCUACAGCUGGUUUCACUUCAACUGGCACUAUGGAACAGCUCUGUGCAAACUCUCAUCUUAUGUAUUUUAUGCCAGCCUGUUCUCCACAGCAGGUAUACUGACUGUAUGGAAACUCACUGACAAACGCCAAGGAAGGCAUUGCAUUAAAUUUAAACAUUCAUCAGUAGUCCUGAUCAUGAUUUUGAGUACCUGGACAUUUGCAGCAGUUCUAAGCUUUCCGUCUUUGUUCUCCAGAGAGCUUCGAUACACAGUACUUGGGGAGCAGUGCAUCGAUGAUUAUGAUUUUGAUGAUGAGAAAACGACACAAUAUGGCAAAACAAUGAUAACUAUUGUAGUUUGUUAUAGACUUCUACUUGGGAUUUUGGUUCCUGUAUUUCUGAUUGGUAUCAGUCGUUCCUGUCAGCGAAAUAUCAUGGACAAAAACUUGAGGCAAAUCAUGUGUUUGAUAACUGUUGCUUACAUUGUGUGCUGGACUCCUCUGUUAAUCACUGCGUUCCUACAAGUCGUUCUAAAAGAGUUUGAUGCUUCCUCAUAUGGAUUACCUGUAACAACUGUGCUGGCUGCGGCUCACUGCUGUGUUAAUCCGGUCAUCUAUAUUUUGGUGAAUCCUGACAUAAAAAUGAAGUGGAUGAAACAAGCACAACAAUCAGACCAAUCAACCAAAGGUUAUAUGUUAUAGUAGGUUAGGUUAUAUUAAUGCCUAAAGGACUACUGAUUGCAGGUUGUUAGUUGUUUGCUGUCAUUUUAUAUUCAUGAAUAAUCAAUUAGUUUAUACUCUUGCUUAUGAAUACACAGGUAA